AUGCACCAAAUUAUUAAAAUUGAUAUAUUGAAUACAAAAGUGCUUGCAAAAUUUUUUAAAGAAAUAAUAUAUUAUAGUACUAAUGCUGCAUAUCAAAACUCUAAAAGAUAUGAUUCUAUUCAAGAAAGACUAUCUAACUGA